AUGGGUCAACGGCAGUCUACCGACGGUGGCGCCCAAGAGGAGCCCCCCGCGAAAGCGGACUACUACGACCUGCUUGGUGUCGACAGGACGGCAAGCGAUGAUGAAAUCAAAAAGGCCUACCGCCGAAAAGCCCUCGAGUUGCACCCCGAUCGCAAUUAUGGCAAUGUCGAACAUGCCACCACACUCUUCGCCGAGAUCCAGUCGGCCUACGAAGUCCUCUCCGACCCCCAAGAGCGAGCCUGGUAUGACUCCCACCGAGAUGUGCUCCUCCGAGAGAACCAAGCGACCGGUCCGGGCGCCGACCAGUUCUCCUAUAACAUUCGCAUGACCACGGCGGAGGACGUGUUGAAGUUGAUGAUGCAAUUCAAUGGCCGGGUGGAAUACAGUAAUGCCCCCAGCGGAUUCUUUGGUGGGUUGAACGACAUCUUUAAGCAGCUGGCGAAAGAGGAGGACAUUGCUGGUCAGUGGGAAGGACACGAGCCGAUCGACUACCCCGAGUUUGGCUUGGACACCGACGACUAUGAGGAGGUGGUUCGUCCUUUUUACGCAGCCUGGAAUGGCUUUGCUACUCAUAAGAGCUACUCGUGGAAGGACCAAUACAAACUGUCUGAGGCCCCCGAUAGACGGGUCAGGCGUCUGAUGGAGAAGGAGAACCGGAAGCUGCGAGAGGACGCCAUCCAGGAAUUCAACGAAGCUGUCCGGUCCUUGGUUGCCUUUGUUCGAAAGCGAGACCCUCGAGUUCAGAACAACCAGAAGUCGGAGGCCGAGCGACAGAAAGCUCUGCGCGAGGCAGCCGCGGCGCAAGCAGCCCGCUCCAGGCAAGCUCGCCAGGCAAAGAUGCAAGAGCACGCCCAUACCAUCCCUGACUGGGCCAGGUCCCGAGUCGAGGACGCCCACGAGGGAGGGUUUUCAAGUGAGUCGGAAGUGGAAGAGCAUGAAUACGACUGUGUGGUCUGUGACAAGACGUUCAAAAGCGAGGCACAGUUCAAGACCCAUGAAAAGAGCAAGAAGCACCUGAAACUGUUGAAACAGCUGCGGAAGGAGAUGCGUGCUGAAGGGGCCGAGCUCGAUCUGGACACUGAGAGAUUUACCCCCAAACCUGAAGAGAUGCACAAAGAGGACAUGCCCGAAGAGGACAUCCAUGAAGGCGUUGAGAGUGAGACCGCGGAAACGGGAGAAUCGGACGAUGACGGGUCUGUGGAUGAUGAGCAGCCGCCUCCAGUGAACGGUUCUGCAAAGCCUGAUGAUGACCUAGACGAGUCCCAGACUUCUGGAGACGACUAUGCUCCUCGAACCGACAUUGAACAACGGCUAGCCGGGGCCACCGCAGCACUCGAAGAGAGCAAUCUGGGAGAUACUCCAGUGACCUCGGAACCGGAAGAGGGAGCGCAGAUCAAGGUGGGCAAAGCGAAACUGAAACGAGCGAGGAAGGCGGCGCAGAAAUCUGGAGAGCAAUCCGAUCGUGCAGCCUCGGAAUUCAUCUGUGCGGUUUGCAGAGCUGAAUUCGCCUCGAAAACAAAACUAUUCAACCACAUCAAGGAGAAGGACCAUGCCGCCCCUCUGAACCAGAUCAAAGGUGCCAAAGCGGGAAAGGGGAAGAAGAAGCGAUGA